AUGGGUAGUCGCCGACUCGGGGGGAAUUCGCGAACGCUUCGCAAGAAGAAGCUGAAGAUGUCCAAGAGGAGCUCCGUGUUGGGCAGUGCUGUGGCUACGAGUGGUGGUGGCAUUACGGUGGCAAAAGGUGCGCGACUGUGCCUCAAAAAGGCGAGAGGCCGGUCCUCAGCUAGGAAGCUCCUCACCACAAUAGACUCUUUGCGGAAGCAGCGCAGCCAGUUACUGAAGCGGCAAGCUGCCGAGCGUAUGGUGCUCAAAGAGCAUACCCGUGACUUGGAGGCACGUCGGCAGCGGAUUCGAAAGGGCGAAAACGCCAAAACGGAGCGACGGGAGCUGGGCAAGUACAUUCGUCAGCUGCAGGAGGAGCAGAAGACGAAGCACCAGUCAGAUCUACAUGCUGUCGAAGAGGCUUUGAAAAUACACCGUACAACAAGGGGCCACGAGGUGUCACACGAUGCGGAGGACUGGGAAGACGUUGAAGAUGAUGUCGACGAAAUCGACAAGGAUGAGCUGCAGGAUAUGUUCGCUCACCUAACCACAUAA